GCUGGGGAUUCUGGAACUUUGGGCAUUUGUUUGGGGUGUGUUGGUUGUUCUUGGGGUGUGGGGUUGUUGUUUUUACACCUGAUGUGAAUAGGAGAGGUGGCCGUGGAGAAGGAGGGUGACAAAGACCCAGCAACUCCCUGUGAACCCUGGAUCGUCACAGCCCCAGAGCCACUGCAGGAACAUGAAGGACUUUUUUUUUUUUUACAAACCACCGUGCCCUGGUGCUGGGACAGCGUUUAUAUUUUUCAGCCUGCCUUUCUGCUGGCACGGGUUGUCAGCACCGGGCUGCGGCUCCGGCUCCUGCCCAGCCCCGGGGGCCGGGCGGGGCGGCCCGGAGGGGCCGGGAGGGGGCCGGGCCUCCUCCGCUCCCUCGAGCCCCUUCCCCGCGCCUUGUCCCGGGCCGGCUUCUCCCCCGCCCCUUCCCAAUAAACUCGUUCAACUCCCGCGGCCGCUCCCGGCUCCUUUCGCGCCCCGUGCCGGCACCGGCUUUGGGAGGGAUCGGCGCUGGGAUCGGUGCCGGGAUCGGCGCUGGGAGGGAUCGGUGCCGGGAUCGGCGCUGGGAGGGAUCGGUGCCGGGAUCGGCGCUGGGGAGGGAUCGGAGCCGGGAUCGGCGCUGGGAGGGAUCGGCGCUGGGGAGGGAUCGGUGCCGCCGGCCCGGAACGGCCGCGCCCGGCCGCGCGUUCCGGGGGACGGCGGCGCUGCGGGAUGGGCGGGCCCGGCAUCUCCAUGGCCGCGUCCCCGGGCCGGCGCCGCCGCUGGGAACGGUACCGGGGCUGGGGCUGGGACAGGCUCUGGGAACCGUGCGGGGCCCGCCCGGCGCCGCCGCUGGGAACGGGAGCAGGCCCGGCUGAAGGCCGGCGUGGUGGAGGAGGACACCGAGGAGUGGCAGAAGGAUCCGCGUUUCGCCGGCCUGGAGAGAGUGGGAGGUGUGGAUUUAUCCUACGGCAAGGGCGACGAGAGCCGUGCCUGCGCCUCGCUGGUCGUGCUCAGCUACCCGGCCCUGGAGGUGCUGUACCAGGAUUGCCGCAUGGUGCCCGUCAGUGCCCCGUACGUGGCCGGGUUCUUGGCCUUCCGAGAGGUCCCAGUCCUGGUGGAAGCUGUGCAGAGACUUCAGCAGGAGCAGCCCCAGCUCCAGCCUCAGGUGCUUCUGGUGGAUGGGAAUGGCCUGCUCCAUCCCAGAGGAUUUGGCACAGCCUGUCACCUCGGAGUGCUGACAGACCUGCCGUGCAUUGGCGUGGCCAAGAACCUCCUGCAGGUGGAUGGCUUGGUCAGGGAUGAGCGGCACAGGGAGCAGAUUCGUUCCCUGCAGAGGUCAGGAGAGACAUUCCCACUGACAGGCACCUCGGGGAAGGUUCUGGGCAUGGCGCUGCGGAGCCACAGCAACAGCUCCAGGCCCCUCUACGUCUCCGUGGGCCACCGCGUGAGCCUGGGCACGGCCGUGCGCCUCGUCAGGGCCUGCUGCCGCUUCCGCGUCCCGGAGCCCAUCCGGCAGGCUGACAUGAGGUCCAGGGAGUACCUUCGGAAGCAGCCCUGUGCCCCGGUGGAGGCGCUGGGGGCUGUCCCUGCCAGCCCAGAGAGCAGCAAAAAGGAGGCUGAAUUGGAGGAUUAGUCUGGUGCCAGAAUAAAGUGCAGAGCUCCUCUUCGCUGGGCCCUCUCCUGCACCAGGGCUGGGUCCUGCUGGCUGCAGGAGCCCAGUGCCACCCUGAGGGGCAGCUGUGCCAGGCUGUGUCCCACAGGGCAGCACCAGCCACUGCUCAGGGAGAACCCUUGCACUGAAUUUCUCAGGGUUCCUUUUCAAGUAUUGUUAAAAUCUUCACGUAAGCAAAGACUCACGUGUAAGUUUGCAGUACCUCACUGGAGUCCUCGGGCAGCUGCAGGGGGUGAUUUACAGAGAUGCUGAGGCAUUUCCACUGCACAGCCAGCCCGUGCCUCCCCCCACACCUCUGUGGCAAAGAGCCCUCCCUUGCUGCUUCUUUUGGAGCAGCUUCCCCCUGUCCCUGCAGCCUGGGCUCUGCCCAUCCCUGGGGAGCAGCAGCCCCACUGCAGGUCCCAUUCCAGGAGCCCAGAGCCCAGGCUGGAGCUCUGGCCCAGCCCCAGCUCGGCCUGAGGAGCAGAGCCCAGAGCUUCUGUGCCCAAAUCAUCCUCGACCCUCGUCCACCCUGCAGGACCAAAGCUGCUCCCAGGGCGUGGGGUCCUGGCUGAGGCUGGCAGGUGCUUCCUGACUGUUCUGGAGCGCAGCAGGAGAUCUUGGUGCUCUGGAGGUCUUGGUGUGGCUGUGUCAGAUUCCAGCCUGAAGAGGAAGAGGGAUGCUUUCCUGGGGCUGGGGAUGGGUGCUCAGUCAGGCUCCUGUGGGCUGUUUUACCCUUGAUUUUGCAUAAAUUUGUUGUACAACUUUUGUUCUUGUCUCUGUCUUGGGGCUGCUCUGGGUGGGGAGGGCAAAGCCCAGCCCGUUGUGCCUCUGCUGUGUUGGGGAUCUGACCCAUCCCUCCUGAAACCGGGGGGAAAAGGGAGGAGGUGACAAACCCUGCUCCCCUGGGGCCAUCCGGGCAGAGCUGGGGCUGGUCCUGGCAGUGCUGGACAGGGGCAGAGGCACUGGCAGGGCACUUCCCUAAAAAGCCUUUGCUGCUAAGUUUUAAAAGGCAAAGCUGCAGCAGCUGCCAGGCCGUGCAGGAGCCGCCUCUCGGGGAGCCUGGGAGCUGUUUCACACCAGGGUUUGUGCGUGCAUGGACAGAGCCUGGCAGGGGAAAUCCACAGUGGAAGCUGCUCCUGUGGUCCUGGGGCUGUGGGGGCCGGGGCAGAGGGAGCACUGGGAGCCUGGUGCUGGCUGUGACCGGGACAGGGCUGGGGGACACCCAGGCGAGGGCCACAGGGACAGCCCUGUCCCCUCCUGAGUGGACACACAACCUCCUCUGCCACAGCCCUGUCCUGAGGAGCAGGGUGGGGACAGAGCCACAGCCGGCAGGGAUCACUUCACUCCUCAUUCCAACCCCACACAAACCAGCGACUUCUCUGGCCGUGGGGACAGUCCCCAAAGCCUGACACAAACUUAGGCACAAGUGACAGAGUGGGCAGGGGACAGCUCCUUCCUAGACCUCAUGGGCAGAACAGGGAAAUCCAUCUGGGUUUCUGGUUGUUUGGCCUGUGCUGGGAGGCCACAGGGUCAUCCCUGGCCCAUCCCAAAUUGCGGGUGAGGCGCUGCAGGUUCACCCCAGGUGUGCUGAGUGAAGCCCUGAUCGGGCUCAGCCCUGCUGGAGGAGGCUCUGUGGGAGCAGCUCCUCCAGGGUGGCCCUGGCAGAACAAGGAACCUUCAGCUUGUGGGACUGUGGCUGCUCCUGCCCCGGUGAGUGUCUGGCUUUAAUCUCAUCUUUAAUGUCUGUGGGUUUAAUCCCUGAUCUCUUGGUGAUGAGUUUUUUGUGCUUCGAGUCGGUGUUUGACCAUGAGAGAUUUGGGGUGGCCUGGCCAGGGGAGGCUCUGCCGCCAGAGCUGUGAUUUGGGUGGAAGCUUGAGGAGCUGAGGGCAGCUCUGACAGAAGUGUGAGGCUGUGGCUGUUCAGGGUCUGUCUGGGGGUGUUCCUGCUGGGGUCGGGGUGUUCUGAGCCAUGGGGGCUCCGUGUGCUCAGUGAGGGAUCCAGGGGGCACUGCUGUCCUCAGCUGCCUCUGCCCAGGGGUGAGGGAAAGUCAGGUAAAGACAAAACAGCAUAAAAAUGGUUCUGCAUCACUGGCCCGGCUUCCCCCUGCGUGAGGCUCUGAACUCCUCUGCUCCAAGUGCAGGUGAACUCAGGUGACUCUGGAUGAAGUCACCUGGGGAGGGUUCAGGAGGAGGAGGAGGAUGGUGCUGCAGGCUGAGGGCAGCCCCGGGCCCCUGUGCUCCUGGUUUGGGCUCUGCCCGAGCUGAGGGAGCUCUCCCGGCUGCCCAAACACGGGUGCUUAAAGGAAGGGACUAAUCUCCGUGUUUGGUGUCUGCUUGUGCCUCUUUGGACACAAUAAGGGAUUAACUUGGUCUUUAUCUAAUUGGUUUAUAGCCCUGGGAAGGGAAAAUCGCUUUGUAAUGCUAGAAACCUCUUAACAGAAACUCAGAGACUGGAGCCUGAGAGUCCUUUGAAAUGAACUCAUACAUGCCUUGUCGUUUUUAACUCUCUGUUUGCUGAAAAUUGGCUUUUUGUGUGUAAAGUUGGGAAUCAGAGGAAAAUACUUCUUGCUGGCUGGUUGUAAAGCUUCCUGUAAUGUCCACGGGGGUUUUCUCUUCACCAUUUCCAUCUGGGACUGGCUGGGAGUCCCUGGAGGUGUCUCAGGGCUUGGUCACCCUGCAGUGCUGCUGGGGAAUGAGCUGUGGGGCUGGAGCAGGGAUGUGGCUGCCCAUGAGGGCUCCUGGUGUCAAACUGGGGCAGAAUUGGUUUGGGGUUGGGUUUCCUGACUCCCGGGUGCUGAAUGGUUCUGCUGCAGGUUCUCUGGAUCUGCUCCCUGUUUUAUUUGGAUGCCUGGAGGUCAGGAAGGAGGAUCCCUGCACCUGCCUUGUUCCUCUGAUGCCCUGGGAGAAGGGAGAGGAGAUGCUUUGGAAUGCAAAUCUGUUUGUUCUGUGAGUUGUGAGGCAAUCUGGGUGAGCAGCUCCAUCACAGGUGUCUGAAGCUGGGUGGGAUGAGCUCCACCUCCGUGUCUGGAGCUUGUGGCAGUGGGGGUGCUGCCUGUGCAGUUUGAGCUCUGGUGACUCAGGGUUUGUAUUUUGGGAUGCUCCUGCCGAGGCCUGGGAAGUGCUUGAGUGGGAUUUCCCCCCUCCCUGCCCCCAGUUCUCAUUCCUUUUCCCUUGGCUUGGUUGGGUGGGUUUAGGAGGGGCUGUUUCCCUCCUGGCCCCCAAACCAGGUCCAGCGCCGGGUCUGAGCCGUGGUCUGGGUGCUCCCUCUGGGUGUGGAGCUGUGCCCAGGCAGCUGAGCCCCCUCCCUUCCCCAUUCCCGCAGCAUUUGGUGUUUGUGGGGCUGGCUGGGGCAGCUGUGUCCCUUGGAUCUUGGAGCAUUCCCGAGCUUUGGGCCCCAGCUCUGGCUCUAAAUGGGCAUUUUUAGUGUUGCUCCCUGCCGUGGCAGCUGAGGCCUCUUGGACGUGGUGGCUCCUGGGCAGAGCCCGGCUGUGCAGAGGGAGCUGGGGAACGUCAUGGCUCCCCUGCAGGGUUCUUUUGUUCUCUUUUUUUGUCCUUUUGUCCUCUUUUAAUUUUUAUUUUUCCUCCCUUUUGUCCUAUAAAUAGUUUCCCCCCACAACUGCUCUUUCUGUUGGUGUUGGUUGAUCCUCCCUGAUCCUCUCACCAGAGCCCCGCCAGCCCCCCGGCUUUACUUUAAGGCCCCAUUAAUUAAAAGCAAAUGAGUGGAAUUUCUCUUGACAAGCAAAUUAAUAGCAAAUGAGAUGAUUAUGAGCUGUGUCAUUAGGGUGAUGGAGCAGCUUGUGCAGGGCUCAGCCCAAAGCAAGGCAGCAAAUCCAUGGGGCAGAGAUCCGUCCUGCUGGGGGGCUGGGGCUGUGCCCCCCGAGGGAGGGGACAUGGAAGGUGCUCCCUGCCCCUCUUGGGCUACUGAGUGGAAUUUUGGUAGCCAAGGAGCCAUCGCUGCUGAGCAGGGCCGGCCAGGGGCUGGAGGAGGAGGAGGGGCAGGGCAGAGCAGGGGUGGCUGCUCUGCGGGGUCCCACGGGUGCUCUGCGGGGUCCCACGGGUGCUCUGCGGGGUCCCACGGGUGCUCUGGGGGACACGCUGGGGGUGCCUUGUCCCCGUCCUGGCAGCCCGGUCAGCUUUAGGCUGUGAAGCCAGCCCGUGAUGAGUUCCUGGGCUGGUUCCACUCGGGACUCGCUGCAGGCUGUUUCCUUAGGAAUUCGCUUUUCCCUGCUUUUCUCGGGCUGCCAGCCCGGCUGUGCCGAGCCCGGCCGGUCACCGCUCACCCGGGAGCUCCAGCGUGGGGCCAGGGAUUUAUCUGGUGGUGCUUUUGUGUUCGGGGGAGCUCCCGGUGAGGGAGGCUCUGCCCGCCUCUCCUGUUGUGACUGGGGCCGGCUUUGGGAGAGGGAACAGCUCCGGGCUGC